CACUUUCCGGCCCAGAGAUCCUAACUACCCUAGCCCCUGAAGACCAUUCUCCCUUCCACUUUUCGGCCUCCAGAACCCACGACGCAGCUGCCGCUAGAGGUACAGAACAAUGGCGGCCGCCGCAGGCGACGGCGGCAGCGUCCCGCCGAAGACCCCAAUAGCGGAGGCGCCUCCCGCUUCUCGUCCGCACGUGACCCGCAAUGCCAUGCCGUGGGAGAGGUGCGUCGCCGGCGUCCAAUUGGCUCUCAAAGAUCCGAAGGUGGUGUUCCUGAGGGAGCAGAUCGAGAAAGCCGGGUGCACCGUAUGGCCGACGUUUUUCCGGGCGGCCAUCUGCACGUCCAGCGGGAACUACGCAAGCGGCGUCGGGGUACAAGUUUGCUGUAAUCACAUGCGAAGGCAAGAUGAGAUAACUCAGGUCAUAAUUCAUGAGUUAGUACAUGUUUAUGAUGACUGUGUUGUCAAGAACAUCGACUGGAAAAACUGCGCUCACCAGGCUUGCUCUGAGAUUCGAGCUAAUCAUCUUAGUGGCAAUUGCCAUUACAAACGUGAACUGAUGAAAGGCUUCCUGAAGAUAAAGGGGCAUGAGCCAGAAUGUGUCAAAAGACGUGCACUGCUUUCUGUCAAGAACAACCCGCACUGUUCAGAAAAAGCUGCAGAAGCUGCAGUUGAGAAGGUGUGGGAUAUGUGCUACAACGACCCACGCCCGUUUGAUAAGGCUCUAUGAAGUGAAAGCUGCCAGGGCAGUUUUGUUAACUUUCAGACGGGUUCUAUGAAGUGUAUCCUGUGGGACAGUCUAGUUUCUCUUCAGACGGGCUCCAUGAAGUACAGUACUUAGCAAAGCGUUGCAACAAAAUCUGGAAAUUUGGUGCUGGAGCAAAACUUUGAAUGCCAUGAUAUUAGUCCAGACAAUCUAACAGAUUAUUCCAUGUAAUUCAAUUGUUUUACAUGGCAUAUAGGGACAGCUGACUGAGCUCUAAAUAAGAGUGGCUGUGAAUGAUUAAUUCUUUAUACCAGCUAAGUAUUGCUUAA